AUGGAUGAUGUGCAGUUGGUCCAUGAGGAGAUCAGCAACGGCGACAAGGCAGAGCCAGUUGGCAAGCUGCCUGGCUUGGAGGACUCGCCCGCACGAGUGGACGUGCAAAAGCUCAGCACCGGUUUCGCUCAGGAUCCCGACCUAUCCAACGCCGCCCAGGUGGAUGAGCCUUUGAAGCUCAAAUUCCCACUCAAGGAUAGCACAGAGGAGGUGAAUGAGCAGCAGGAGGAGCUAAGUCCUCCCACGCAGCCGGACAAGGAGGAUGAUUCCUCUGAAUAUGCAUGGCCGGAGGCUUUGCACCAACCGCCGCAGCCGCCUGCGCUGGACGGCUUUUCUGCUCCUUGGCCAAUCAUGCCACCUCCAAUGGCAUGGCCCUGGAUGCCUCCGUACCCUGGCCUCCCCAUGCCUCCGCUUUGGAUGCCCCCGGGCUUUUCCGCGAAGCCGAACGGCCCGGUUGGUGCUUACCAUGGGCGGCGCGCGCCGGAGCAACAACGGCAGAGCAGUCUCGUGUGCCGCCACUUCCUUUCAGGAACUUGCUGCCGCAAGAACUGCAGAUUCUCGCAUGUGGAGGACCCCUACGCCGACCCUCGCAGGAUAGAGAUCGCGGGCCUGACUUCCUUCUUACAGGAUGAGCUGCCUACAACAGCAGACAGCGCCUUCUCACAGAAAGAGGAGGACGACAGGGUUGAGGCCCUGGAUGCAGAUACUGACAACGCAGCCUCGUCUGGGCUGGUACAGGAGGAGGACACAGUUUGCUCUGUGAGUCGGUAUUUUACAGGGCUCACUCCCGUUGCUGUAUACGGCAUAUCAGACUUCUCCUAA